AUGGAUCAUGACAUCUUCACCAUCGGCCAGGCCGGCUCCGGCGCCGAGGUCGGUACCGGGAGCGGAGUCGGAGUCGGACUUGGAGCUCCAGUUGGAGUUGGAGUUUGGAGAGAAUGCAGGAGUCGGGCUCGCGCCUUUCCAACGACCGCGAGCUUUAGCUGCUUGCAGCAAGGUCGCGGUGUCACGGGCUGCUCCAUAAUCCCCUUCGCGUCCACGGGGACCACACCAUCCUCCCCUCCCACCCGGCUUGUUGUCGUCGAGAAGCGGGCUCCAUCCACCCGGUCAACCGUCAAAGCCCUCGGGUUACUUCCUACUCGCCAGUCUGCCCUCCUUCGCAAGACCCUGCAUGGGAUCCAUGGCAAAAUCGACCAGUCCUCACGGCCGUUGCGACGAGUGUCCCUCGGCCUCCGUGAAACAACCACCGGGGCUGCCCAGAUCGGCCCCGGCAGUCAUCCUGCAGCACGGCGCUCCUUGACCGCCUUCGGCUCCGAGACGUGUCCAAGACCUACGACGGGACCUCACAGGGCCGUCACUUCUGCCGCAUCACACCUUUACGGAAGACGAACAAGUCAACAUGAGCAACUUGACUUCAUCAUUAUUGUCGAUGAUCCAGAAAUGAUCUUCUUUCGUGUUGCAUCCUCCGCGAGACUGGAAAGAAUCCGCAAGAGAACAAUCAGUUAG